UCUAUGGGGACAGAAGCCGACGGUGGCACUCCCUGGGCAGGCUUUUCAUAGAUCUGGGUGCCUCAGCUGGGUCUCCUGUCAAAUCGAGAAAAUGAAGACAUCCAGGACGUGGGCCUGGAGGGUGCCAGCAGAGCUGCUGCUUCUCUGUGCUGCUCUGGGUUGUCUGAGUUUGCCUGGCUCCAGAAGUGAAAGGCCACACUUUCUUGAGUCAAAUGCAAUCAACGAGAGCCUUGCCAAGAGUAGGCAGACCCGGAGUGUGGAUGCCCCGUUGCUGCCUAUCAAUUGUGAACUGUCCAGCUGGUCCUCCUGGACCACGUGUGAUCCCUGUUGGAAGAAAAGGUACAGACACGCCACCUUGCUCCGGCCCUCUCAGUUCCACGGGGAACCAUGCGACUUCUCUGACAAGGAAGCUGAAGACUGUGUUUCCAACGCACCCUGUAGAAGUCAAGUGCGAUGUGAAGGCUUCGUGUGUGCACAGACAGGGAGGUGUAUAAACCGCAGACUUCUUUGCAAUGGGGACAACGAUUGUGGAGACCAGUCAGAUGAGGCAAACUGUAAAAGGGUUUUUAAAAAGUGUCAUCAAGAAAUGGACCAGUACUGGGCCAUUGGCAGUCUGGCCAGUGGGAUUAAUUUGUUCACAAACAGCUUGGAGGGUCCGGUUCUCGAUCACAGGUAUUACGGCGGUGGGUGCUCCCCCCAUUACAUACUGAACACGAGGUUUAGGAAGCCAUACAACGUGGAAAGCUACACCCCACAGACCCAAGGAAAAUAUGAAUUUGCGCUGACAGAAUAUGAGUCGUACUCAGAUUUCGAACGUAAUGUCUCAAAGUCAGAAGCCCGACAGUCUAGUUUCAGCUUUGGUUUAAAAGUAUCUGGAGUAUUUGAACUUGGCCUUAACAUGGCCAAUGAUAACGCCCAACAUUUUGUUCGCAGAACUAAACGAUUCGCUCAUACUAGAAGCAGAUUUCUGCACGCGCGCUCCAAACUGGAAUCGGCACAUUACAAGCUGAAACCCCGAAGCCUCAUGCUCCAUUAUGAAUUCCUCCAGCGAGUCAAGCAGCUGCCCCUGGAGUAUGGUUACGGGGAGUACAGAGACCUCUUCCGCAGUUUCGGGACCCACUACAUCACAGAGGCUGUGCUUGGGGGCAUUUAUGAAUAUACACUCAUUGUGGACCAAGAGGCCAUGGAGAAAUCAGCUUAUUCUCUUAAGGAUUUCCAUGCCUGUGCCAAAGCUGGCUUUAACGUUGGUGGUACCGUGAAAUCGGUCUACGUCAAGCUGGGUGUGUCGCAGGCAACAUGCAACAAUAUUCUGAGGGAAAUCAAAGACAGAAAUAAGAGGCAGACCAUGGUACAGGACUUGGUGGUCCUUGUGAGAGGAGGAGCAAGCGAGCACAUCACUGCCCUGGCGUACAAGGACCUGCCAACAGCAGACCUGAUGCAGGAGUGGGGCGACGCGGUGCAGUACAACCCAGAGAUCAUCAAAAUUAAGGUAGAGCCUCUGUAUGAACUGGUGACAGCCACAGACUUUGCCUUCUCCAGCACGGUGAAGCAGAACAUGAAGCGGGCCCUGGAGGAGUUCCAGAAAGAAGCCAGCUCCUGCCACUGCGCUCCGUGCAGUGGGAAUGGAGUCCCUGUCCUGAAAGAAUCGCAUUGUGACUGCAUCUGUCCUAAUGGAUUCCGAGGCCAAGCCUGUGAGAUCACCUUUCGGAAAAAUGUCCCCAUUGAUGGGAUGUGGAAUUGCUGGUCAAACUGGUCUCCGUGUUCUGGAGGACAGAAAACAAGACAAAGGCAGUGCAACAAUCCACCUCCUCAAAAUGGGGGCAGGUCCUGCUCGGGCCCUGCUUCAGAAACACUUAACUGUUAACCAGGAGGGAGAGCUUCUAGCAGAUGACACCAUCUGGGGCCAGCCCAAGGGUGGAGGGCAGUGCCAUUCAGGGUGUUUAAAAUAAAAAUGUUAUUUGUAAAAUGCA